UGCAUGAAUCAAGACCAACUUAUGGUCAAUUAUAUCGGUUUGCCACAAAACUUGAUUUUCUGAUAAUGUUUGUAGGUCUAGUGUUUUUUGGCAUCACUGGUGUUGCUAUGAAAAAUAUUGCUUAUUUUGAUAGUAUUAAUGCAGGUGAAAUUACUACUUGCAUUGUAAAUGAUACUUAUUUAAUUCAAGAUAGUAUCAGUGAAAAGGCUUCUCCUUCAUUUCAA